AGACCAAUGCAACCCAGCCAUUUCCCUUCUUGCACUUGCACAUAGCUACCUGCCAACAGCUAGCUAGCUCACAAGAGGGCGAUCGAACCAGUAGCACAGUUUGUCAGCAAAGUACAUACUUUUUGACGUCGACCAACCAUGACUAACAAGCUCGCCACUUCCCUCCUCGCCGCCGCCGUCCUCCUGGCGCUCGCCGCCCCUGCGGUGCUCGCCGGCGACCCCGACAUGCUCCAGGACAUCUGCGUCGCCGACUACAAAUCCCUCAAGGGCCCACUGCGGGUGAACGGGUUCCCGUGCAAGAGGCCGGAGAACGUGACGGCGAACGACUUCUUCUCGAACGCGCUGGCGACCCCGGGGAACACGGGCAACGCGUUGGGUUCCGCGGUGACGUCGGCGAACGUGGAGACGCUGCCGGGGCUCAACACGCUGGGCGUGUCGGUGUCGCGCAUCGACUUCGCGGCGUGGGGCGUGAACCCGCCGCACGUCCACCCGCGCGCCACCGAGGUCAUCUUCGUCCUCCAGGGCUCCCUCGACGUCGGCUUCGUCACCACCGCCAACCGCCUGUACGCCCGCACCGUCUGCGCCGGCGAGGUCUUCGUCUUCCCCAGGGGGCUCGUCCACUACCAGAAGAACAACGGCGGCAGCCCCGCCGCGGUGCUCUCCGCCUUCGACAGCCAGCUGCCCGGCACGCAGCCCGUCGCCGAGGCCCUCUUCGGAGCGGCGCCGCCCGUGCCCACCGACGUGCUCGCCAGGAGCUUCCAGAUCGACGGAGGACUCGUCGAGGCCAUCAAGUCCAAGUUCCCGCCCAAGUAAUAAAGGCCUGCCAUGUUCAUGUUCAUGUUCAUGCAAUGCAAGCGCCAGGUCGUCGAUCGAUCGAUGGUAUUAUUAAUAACGAAAGUAUCACUUCGAUUGUAUUCUAGCCGUAAAGCAAGGUGUGAUGGGUCAUUUCGUUGGGUUCUCGUCUUUAGUUCUUGGUGAGGUCAAGGUCAUGGCACCGACGGUUCGCAGUUGUUGCGCCUGAAUUUCUGCAUGAGCCAUAUUUGUACGUGUAAGGUGGUGUGUAUCUUUCAAUUAAUGCAAAUCCACAGAAAUGAGUGUCAUCGUUGUUGCUCUUGCAACGUAUUAUUCAUCGGAUAAUAAAACCUUAUAUAUGGUCCUUGUUGA